AUGUCUGCAUCACGCACGCUCUUCAACCGACUUUCUACUACUGCUCGUCCUACGAUCGCAUCCCGCUUCGCUACCACGCCUAUUACCACAUCUACCGCGUCCCGCGCCUUCCACGCCUCUUCGCCCAACAUGACCGUCCACGAGAUCAAGACCUACGAGGAGUUUGCCAGCAUCCGCAAGGUGAACAAAGUCGUUCUUGUUGACUUCCACGCCGUUUGGUGCGGCCCUUGCAAGAUCAUCUCGCCCAUCUUUGAGAAGCGAGUCUUCCCUCUCUCUCCUCUCUCUCUGCAGCUCUCCGAAGAUCCCAAGUUCGCCCACAUCUACUUUGCCAAAAUCGACGUUGACGCCGUUCCCCAGGUCGCCCAGGAGCAGGGUAUCCGCGCCAUGCCCACCUUCCUGGCCUUUGUCGACGACAAGAAGACGGGCGAGAUCGUCGGUGCCAACCCGCCGGCCCUUCAGAAGCUUGUCACCGACGCUGCUUCCGCAUAG